AUGUGGGGACUUGCUCAGGAGCUGGCUAAGAGGGGCACACUCUUACCUGAAUUCCAGCAGCGGCUGCCUUCCCUGAUGCGGAAGCCAUGGCUCUAUAUGGAGACACUCAUGAAGGUUAAGCCAAAUAAACGGAAGGAAAAGACAAGACGUAACAAAUUGUCUCCGUGCAGAUGUGAAAUUGAGGCAACCUUAGAGAGACUAAAGAAACUGGAGCGUGAUCUGAGCUUUAAAGAGCAGGAACUAAAGGAACGGGAGCGGCGUUUGAGGAUGUGGGAGCAGAAGUUAACCGAGCAGUCCAAUACUCCUUUUUUCUUACCUCUUGCUGCAAGAAUGUCUGAGGAGUCUUACUUUGAAUCUAAAACAGAGGAGUCAAACAGUGCAGAGAUGUCAUGUCAGAUCACAGCAACAAGUAACGGGGAGGUAGCUGGCAUGAACCAAAGUCUGAAGGCCUUGAUGAUGACGGGCUUUGGGGAUAUCUUCUCUCUGAACCAAGCAGGAUCUGUCCUGCAUUCUGGAAUGCAGAUAAACAUGCAAGCCAAAAAGAAUUCUUCUAAAACCACCUCUAUGAGAAAAGGAAAGAAAAUCAACAUGGCUUUGGGUUUCAGUGAAUUCGACUGGUCAGAUGAUGAUGAUGAUGAUGAUGAUUAUUUUGAUGACACAGAUGAUAGCAGCGAAUGAAAUCAGUUAUAGAAUUAACCCUGAAAUUGGUUUUAGCAAAGCAAAAUAAUAAAGUUUUAGAACAAGAAUCCUGUCAGUUUGGUCUGUUUAAAUCCUGU